CUCCUUCCCACUCUCCGUCCUAAUUCCUCCUAACAUUCGCUCCGGCCAACCACCAUGAAAUUCGGUUCGUCCCAUCUCCAAACACCGAGAACGACCGGCGCUUCCUAGACUCUUGUCGCGGUAAGAGCAUGUCUCUGCCGGGACCAAAUGUCCGUAUCAGCCUCGAUCCCCGACACCUCCCUUGGCCUUACCUCCUCCGAGAUCCAGAUCCUCCGACAACAGCAACAGAUUGCGCUUCAGGGUGGCCAUGCCGCCAACGGGGUUUCCAGGGGCAGAGGAACUGGUCGAAGCAGCAAUUCAAGUUCGCGUGCUGCCAGUGCUGCCAGCAGUCAUGGCCGAUUGUUACUGGACCCGAUGAGUCUGCGAGCGCUAUCCCAUCAGCUGGAUGCGCUACAGGGGCAGAUUCGGAGUCGCAUCGACUAUCUGGAGGAACAAAUGCAGCUCUCUAUUCAAAAUACCUACGAUCGUGCAGGAAACGUUAUUCACAAUGCCGAUGCCGAGAUUGCUCGUACGCGUUCGAUUCUAGCCUCAAUUGAUGAGCUGGAAACCGAAAUGGCGAAGAUUGGACAUAUCAGGGAAAUUGUGAAAGCCUACCGCGGCCGAAUUGAAGGGCUUGACCAACGUCUCGACCAGGCCGCCCGUAGGAGACGAUGAUCUCCACCGAGGACAAUACUUUUUCGAUUAUGAACCCGACCGUAUAUGCUUGGAUGACGUUCACCGCUCUAUACCCCGAAACCUACCCCAUUCACAUAUUGCCUUAUACGA